AUGUCCGGUCUCUCAACUGCUUCUCGGAUAUUCUCUUACUAUCCCCUGUCUAUUUCUUCUGUUUCUCAAUCAAAUGGUCCCUCAACAAGGUCUUACCAUUCCAACAGUCACAAUUCUUCCAGCUUACAAUCUAACUUAUCAAAUAAAAAUAAAUACUCAAAAUUACAAGGCCCUCGGCUACCGAGUUAUUUAGCUGACACCACCUUUGCAGAUCUUUAUGCAGCUUCUAGUUCAGAAUCUUAUACAAGGAACGGUAGUGUUCCUGACUCCGAUCAGGCGUCUUUUGCCCUGCCGACCGCGUGGAACAUAGACGAUAAAUCUACUAAUUUAGAAUUAUCCGAAGACAGGCUAAGAGUAAAUUAUACAGGUGUAGGCAAAAAUGAUACUGAUGCUGCCGCAAUACGAGCAAAUUAUCCAAUGCCACCGCAAUGCGGUUUAUUCUACUUUGAGGUUGAUAUUAUAAGUAAGGGGAAGGAGGGUUUUAUUGGGAUUGGGUUUUGCGGGAAAAGUGUUCAGCUAAACCGACUGCCAGGUUGGGAAAAUAUGUCGUGGGGAUACCACGGCGAUGAUGGACAUCUGUUUUGUUGUUCAGGGACAGGGAAGCCGUACGGACCACAGUUUACGACUGGUGACGUUAUUGGCUGCUGUGUAAACUUCAGAGACGGGACGGCAUUUUAUACAAAGAAUGGCGCCAUUCUGGGAACUGCAUUCAGAGAUUUAAAGGGUGUAUUAUAUCCGUCAAUUGGCUUACGGACUCCUAAUGAAUCUGUCGAAGUAAAUUUUGGACAUAAAGAAUUUAAAUUCGCAAUUGACCAUUACAUGAAGGAGCAAAAGGCCUUACAAUGGCAAAUCAUUAACGCGACGCCGAUGCCUCCUAUUUCAUCACCCGUAAUGUCGACACCCGUAUUGCGAGCAUCUUCAGAAGCUAACCUUACCACAACGGUUCAUCAACUCAUAUUUUCCUAUCUGGUGCAUCAUGGUUUCAGUGAGACAGCAAAAGCCUUCUACAAAGAUGCUGUCCACUUUCUCAAUAUUGAUAGUGAUUUAAUGGAGGAUAUUGAAUAUGAACAAUCAGCACCAGGGACAGAAAUUGAUAUGUUAAAUAGACAGCGCAUUCGAAAUGCCGUCCUCAGGGGUGACAUAGAUCAAGCAAUAAAGUUAACAAGUGCUUUGUUCCCAUCGGUUUUGCCAGCAAACGACGAUAUUCAUUUUCGACUACGCUGUCGUGAAUUUAUAGAAAUGAUGGGCCGCUGUUCAGGAACCCGCGCAGCAGCCACUGAGGAUGAGGAUGAUAAUUUGGUUAAAGUAGAAAAACACGGCAUGAUAGGACGCCCUCAGAUGGCAGUUGGCGAUGGCGACGAAGAUGCUCAUAUAACCCCUAUAAGAAAGAAGAAAAAUUCGAUAAAACGAAAAAAGAUUAGUUAUGAUGCAGAUGGUUUAGACAGCCACAUCGAGUCAGCAAUGAGAUUUGGUCAAAAAUUGCAGCAAGAUUAUCAAGACGAUACUCGUGAAGAGAUAAAGAGUGCUUUAGAGGAAGCUUUCUCAUUGCUGGCGUAUUCUGACCCAGCGAACAGUGUUGUUGGUUAUUUGCUACACCCUUCGGGGAGGGAACCAGUAGCAAAUGCGCUAAAUAGUGCGAUUCUCGCGUCUCAAGGUAAACCCGCGAUACCCCAACUGGAAAGGAUUUUUCGCCAGACUUCUGUCGCAGUUAAAGAGCUUUCACGGUGCGGAGUUGGUACUACUGCCUUCGUGAAUGUCAAUAACGAUUGCCUGGCGCGAAAAAACAAUUAA